CUAAAUACUAAUUAAACCCCGCCCCAGCCCCAGCCCCCAAAGUGAGGAAGAAGAAGCGAGGCCUAAAUUUCACUAAAACACUAUGUGUGGUCUUCAGCUAUUCGACGGCGGCAGCGACCCCGAAAACGAAAUGCAAAUGGAAAUCGAAAACGAAAACGAAAACGACGAUAUUCCACAGAUCAAAAUCAAUGAAGAAUACGCUCGCAGGUACGAGCACAACAAGAAGCGGGAGGACCUCCAACGUUACGAGGAGUUGAAGAAGCGAGGCCUUGUAGCCGACCCCUCUCGACAAUCAGACUCUGAUUCAGAAUCCUCGUCCUCCGAGGACGAAGACGACAUCCUUUUGGCCAAUUCCAAGAAGAAAGACUUGGAAUUUUUGGAAGCUCUAAUCAAGGUAAAAAAUCGAGACCCUAGCUUGAAAAACAAAGAUGUUGAAUUGUUUAAAUCUGAUGGAACCGAAAAGACCCGCGCCAAAGGGGAAGGGAAUGGCAAGGCUAAGAAGAAGAUGUACUUGAAAGAUGUGGUGGCUAAGCAUUUGAUCGAGGAUGGCCCCGAACUUAAGGAGGAUGAUAAUAACACCAAGGUCUACGAUGAAGAGCAAGAGCAGAGAAGGAAAGAAUUCUUAAGUGCCGUUGCCGAGGACGAAGAGGAUGAUAAUGGCGAGUUAUUGGUAGAAAAAGAUAAGAAUGCUGUGGGGGACGAUGACGACGAUGAUAGUGUUGUUAAUGCUGAGUACGACCAGAAAUUGAAUGAGUGUUUCCCCGAUGAGGAUGAAAAUGCUAGGUUUCUCAGGGACUUCAUCAAGUUUCAGCAAUGGAAGGAGGAUAAGCGGAGCAAGGGAAGCGGUCCCGAUGUAAAGAAGGAGGAUUUGGAGAUGGUGUCUGAGGAUGAGAUGGAGAUUGAAAGGCAAGAGGAGUACGAGCAUAGGUUCCAGGAGAAUGCAGGGGAUCGGAUUUUGGGGCAUUCCAGGCAAGUUGAGGGGUCGGUGAGGAAGAAGGUCAAGGCGAGGAAGGAGCAGAGGAAGAGUAAGGAGGAUAGGAUGGAGAUUGCAAGGUUGGAGAGGGAGGAGGAAUUGAGGCAUUUGAAAAAUUUGAAGAAGAAGGAGAACGAUGAGAAGCUUAAGAAGAUUAUAGAGAUUGCGGGGAUUAAGGAGGGCGAGGUGUCUUCCUUUGAUGCCAAGGAGUUGGAGAAGGAAUUUAAUCCCCAGGAGUAUGAUAGGAUGAUGAAGGCGGCUUUUGGUGAGGAGUAUUAUGAGGCGGAGGAUGCUGACUUAGGGUUUGGUAGUGAUAUGGAUGAGGAUGGUGGUGAGAUUGAGAAACCGGAUUUUGAUAAGGAGGAUGAGUUACUUGGGCUGCCCAAAGGUUGGGAUAGUGUCGGGUCUGGUGAUGGGUUCUUAGCUGCAAGGGAGAAGGUUUUGAAGCUCAAGAAGGAGAAUGUUGGUGACCAUGAAGAAGAGGAAGAAGAGGAGGAGGAGGAGGAGGAGGAGGAGGAGGAAGAAGAAGAAGAAGAAGAAGAAGAAGAAGAAGAGACAGUGUCUGAGGAAGGUAAACAAGAGAAAAAGCGAAAACUCGCUUUAUUGGAGAGAGCUAAAAAGGAGAUGAUGGAUGAAUACUAUAAGUUGGAUUACGAGGAUACAAUUGGAGACUUGAAGACUAGAUUCAAGUAUGCUAAAAUAAAACCUAAUAGAUAUGGGUUGUCUACUGCUGAGAUAUUAGUGAUGGAUGAAAAGGAGUUGAAUCAAUAUGUGUCUUUAAAAAAGCUUGCUCCUUAUGCAGAGAAAGAGUGGAAGGUACCAAACAACAAGAGAAAUGAGAUAAAACAGAAGGUUAAAGAGAUUUUCAAACAAGGAAAGCCGGGUAACAAAAAGAACCGCAAGAAGCAGAAAAUAAGUGAUGCUAAGGAUUUGAAUUUAUCAAUGGAUGCUGCCGGACAAUCAUCAAUGGGUGCCCCAGAACAUGAGAAAAAACAAGUAGUGGACUCAAAUGGCGAUAAGGGCAACCCAUCCAGGAGUGCUAGAAGAAGGCGUAACCAAGCUGCACGAAAGUUACCGGCUUCUAGGCUCAUGGCAUAUGGGUUGAUGCCUGUAAAAUCUAAGAAAAAAGGAAAGCACUGAUCAGAACCUCUAGUUAAAACAGAGCAGUAGACAGGUGGUUUUUUGGGUACUUGUAACAUGGGGAUGGAGGACUACAAUUUUUCCAAAGGUGAAGCAUCUUGAGGGUUUUGUUAAAGCUUAUAGCAGCAUAACAGAGGCGAACACUUGAGAAGAAGUUGGGAGGAAGACUUUUUUGAUCGAUAUUGUCACCUUUUGUUUUCGCAUUUUAUGAAAACAUGUACUUUAGGAAUCAGAAUAAACUAAAAUCAUAUUGUUUUUUGUGUUGUCGAAUUCAGCUGUUUAUCAAUGUCAAAAAUUUGACAAAGGUUUACUAUGUAUGAUCGUGUUGCUGUC